GUGCCACAUCGCUUCUUUCCUUUUCCCCCCACCCAACGACGCCCGCCCACCCGCCCGCGACGAGCUGCACACACGAUGCGCUCCCGGAUGACCAUCCCGAAAUUUGCGACCCUGCUGAUAACCCUAUCUGGCGCUUUGCUGCACUCGUUCCUGGCGCUGAAGCUCGCCGUGUCGUGGCCGGGCGUGGGCUCGCUGGAAGCAGAGACGGAGUACGACAACGCGUGGCGCUCUGACGGGCUGAGGAAGCUGUACCUGCUGCUCACGCUGUACUUUGUCGGCGCGGCCUUCGUGUCGCUCGUCGGGCUACUCGGCGCGGUCCGCGGUCGGCCGACGCACGUGAAGCUGUACCGCGACGCCGCGUCGGCCGACCUCCUCUUCACGCUCUUCAUCGCGCUGGUGGCCGGCGUCGCCGGGGCCCGGACCAGCUCGCGGGCCACGUGCGACGCCCCCGAGCUGGCCCCCCUCCUCCCGCUCAUCGGCGCCGUCCUCGCGCCGUUCCUCCCCAGCCAGCUCGCCCCCGACGAGGCCUGCGAGCGCUACCUCUCGACGCUCGGCAUCGGCGCCGCCAGCGCGCUCCUCGUCCUCGGCGUCGUCCGCGUCCACUUCCUCCUCGCGGUCAACACCCACUACGCCGCCCUCGUCGCCGCGGAGAGCUACCCCGACGCCGCGGCCGACGGCGUACAGCGCAUCCGGCUCCUCCCGCUCCCGCGCGGGGUCGCGCCGAGUGAUAUCGUCUAUGCGCCCGUCCACAUACCCCCUCACGCGACCGCAGCGGCCGAGACCUGGAUCCGGGCGCCCGACGCCGAGGCUGCGCUGGCCGGUGACGAUGCGGGGCUCCUCGACGUCAGCGUCGUCCGCACGAAACGCGAGUGGAUCUAG